UUUUAUUCCAAUUUGUUCUUACACCUUUUACAUAUAUUAUUACAUUUCUUAUCCGUAUUCAUUUAUUUAUUACAUUCUUUUUACUUUACUAUGAUUCUGGAUAAGUUUUCUAUGAAUUUUCCUUUUUUGUUAAUCCUUCCAUUAUUAUUCAUCAAUGUUGAGGCGGAUGGUGACCGAUUAGAUACUCCAGAAAAUAUAAAAAAUUUUCAUUUAAUAGUAGGUUUUUCACUGACAUUGAUUAUAUUAGGAUGGUUUGGAUGUAUUUAUGUUUUUUAUAGAAUUUAUAAACAGUGGUUAUUAAGUAAAAAAAGAUUAGCAAUGAUCUAUAGAUUACCAUUUUAUUCCGCAUGUUCAGAUUUUUUAAUAAAUUUUAAUUUUUUUACAAAUAUGAUACAUACCGCUAUAUAUGCACGAGUAUGGGAUGAUGCACCCUGUAAAGUAAUUGGUGCGCUUAAUUGGGCUUUUCUUACAAUCAAUUUAUGUUUUUAUGCUGUAAUAGCUGUAAUAACCUAUCUUCGAGUUUGUCGUGAAAUAUAUUUUCAUUAUGGUAAAUAUGAUUAUAAACUUUGGGUAUAUGUACUUACAGGAAGUGCCGCACUUCAAGUAUUGAAUUUACAAAAUAAUGGUAAACGUGACUAUUGGUGUGCUGCAAAAUCAGUAUAUUAAGAAAAAUUCGUAUUCACAUAAAUGAUUCUUCAACAUCAUCAUCAAGUAAUCAUAAUAAUGAUAAUAAUGUUAGAAGUGCUGUAAUAGACAACCAUACUGAAAUUGAAAGAAGAGCUGCAAAAAAAAUUUUAAGUUAUACAGCUAUGUUUAUGUUACAAUGGAUUCCUAUGUUAAUUUCUCAAGGUGCCAGACUUGUAAAGAAUGAAGAACCCUGGGUUUAU